UUGCUGUCGGUUGAGAAUCUGGUCGUUCCGAACUCGGCGGAGCCGGACGGCACGCCAGACGAGGCCAACGCGAUCGAGCCACGAGCAGCGCAGGAAGCGCGCGGUCCCCCCUGGGCGAUCUCAUUCUGGGCCAUCUUCGGCGAGUCGCUCGGGUGAGUACUUCUUGGCCCGUCUGCUCCGUUCGGUCCACCGGGCGUCCCACCGACCUAGCCCCCCCAUCGGGCGCAGGCACGAGACGCAAAGCCAGCCGAGGGUGGUCGCGGUCCUGCUCUGGGUCUACUUUAUGCUCUCGCAGUGCGUGCUCAUCAACCUUCUCACUGCACUGAUGAGCGAGACCUGGGAGCGCGUGAACGAGGCGGCCGACGACGAGUGGAAGUUUCUCUACGUCUCCAACAUUGACGAGUUCUUUGGACUACCCCCCGUGCCUCCGCCUUUCAACGCGUGGCUGAUCCUCCGCCAUCUCUACCUUCGUGACCGGGGCGCGGAUCCAGAGAUGCUUGCCGGCCGCCGCGCUGAGAGUAUCAGCAUGGCCGAGGCAGAGCUGCGCAAGCGGUCAAAGAUGGCACAGCGCGAUUUGGUGCGGAACGAGGCUGCGUCGGAGGGUCGGACCGUGCAAGCACAGCUCAGCGAGCUUGCGAUGCGAUUGCGAAGAAUCGAGCGGUGCCACGCGCGGGCGGGGUAGAGCUCUCUCUAGCGAGGCUGGCGCGUAUAGAGGCUAAAAAAGUAUCCUAGUGGAGGUGUCCGUUAUUAUUCAUUUAUUUACGGG